CAUCUCAUCAAACCCAAUGGUUUUUACUUGCCAACAUCAUGCACUUGGUAAACUUGCUGGUUGCAUACGCCAAAAUACGCACGUGGUUGUGUGUGAACUGUCGCCUCUAUGCCCAUUAGUCAACUUCAAUAGUGGUGUAAUGGCACAUGUUUCAUUGCAAGUUUUUGCAUCCUUUAAAUGAACGAAACGAAUUGUGAAAUAGAACAUCAUGAAGUUAUUUUCAUCAGUGCAGCGACGUUAGAAGACAGACUGUUGUAUGACGAUGUUUUUGUAAACUAUUUCAAUCUUUUCCUGCAAUCAAAAGCAUUUGGAACUUCAAUAAGAUAUGAAAAGCUUGAUGGAUACUACUUGGAGAGACUUCCAAGUGUUUCAGAUGAUUUGGUGUUUAAAGAGUUAGCAAAUGAACAAGGAAAGAUUUUUCAACAAAGUGCUAUAACCCUGUGGGUUAAAGCCUACAGAUUGCCUUUCUUUUUGAGAAGUCACUUAUUCCUGGAGUAUAAAUUAUGCAAAUUGUUUCUGCGUAAACUCAGUAGCAGAAGUCGUGUAGAGCCCAGUUGUCUACAGUUGAGAGGUUACAGUCGUUUGACCACACCCCAACAACUACCAGACUUUUUUACAGAUGACUGGAAUGAAAAUAGCCCAGUUGACUACACUAGUGAAAUGUCAUGGCCGACAAGAACACCUGGACAACAUCAUCAUAGACCAUUGGGUAGUGCUUCCAGUUUGCCACCAAUGUUAUUCAUUGCCCUCCAGACAAAGUCAAAACCAUUUGAAAGAUGUCAUGGCAGGGAAACACUUGCUAAGAUUUAUCAGGAAGGUGCAGAUGAGAAAUUACAUGAGGGAGAAAAGAAGGACGAAAUGCACGAACGAUUAGCUGAUAUAAGAAGUGAAGGACCUUUUACUCCCGAGGAAAUGGGUGAAAACAAAAAGAAACAAGUGCAUCAUAGGCGAACAAAAAGUGCCCCCGUGGACGGAAUAAGUAUCAGGUUCAAAGAGAUUGAUCUCGAUGAAAAUGAUGUGUUUUUCAAAAGUCAUGACGAGAUUGACAACGAUGACAGCACUCUAUGUUUUGGCAACGAUUCUGAGGAAUUGGAAAAAACUGAAGCUGAAUUACAAAGUAUCAUCGACGAAACUAAACAAAACCUUCAAGAAAUGAAAGAAGAUGCCUUGAAUUCUCCUCGUGGAAUGAGUGAGUUCAGAGAAUUUCUUACCGGAACAUGUGGCUUUCACUUGAUUGAUUUUUGGCUUGAUAUGGAGAAGUAUAAACACAUUGAAGAGUUGACUUUAGAAGAUGGAAAUACUUCACAUAUGCUUCGGAUGAAAAUGUUCAGAGAAAUCAAUGAUAAAUAUAAGAAUUGUUUAUCAGGGGAUGCUAAGAAAAAGAUUCGAGAAGCCAUUAAAAACGAUGGUCCGAGCGGGAAUAUGUUUAAUAGAAUCCAGUAUGACACGUUACGUAGACUUCGUUCGUACUGGAUCCCGCGUUAUUUGGUUCAUCGAGAAAAGUUAUACAUGAAUGGAUGUCGUGAAAGUAGACUACAAUCGAGACAAUCGAAUGGAGGUACAUCAGCGCUUAAUUUUCUUCCCAAAAUCUCAUUUGCUCGUUCCUUACCACCACGUGCUGAGUGGUGCGAAAAGUUGGCCAGACGCAGUUGUGAUUGGUCGAAAAAUUUAACUUUAUCUAAUGUCAAAGCAAAUUUAAAAACGGACCUUAAAAGUGAAAGUUUUUGCAUUUUGCAAAAAGGAUUGUCGUAUGAAAAAAGUGCUGGCUGGCCCUUCCAUGCAUUUUUGAAAAGAAUGAACAAAAAAGAAGAUUUAGUGAACCUAAUGUUUUGGCAAUCAGUUGAAGAUUUGAGAAAUGAAGAGCGUCGUGGCUGUGAUCGUCAUUUGCAUCUUUGUAAUGCUUGGAAUAUUGUGCAAAGAUUUCUUUCCAAGGGAAACGAGUCCUCUUUAAAUUUGAAUGAGUUUGAAAGACGUAAAAUCAUCGAGAGGCUACGACAAACCUUUGAAGCUUCAUCGGAUAUUUUUAAAUUUUCUCAGACCUGUGCUCUUGAAUCAUUACAAAAACCAUGGAAGGAAUAUUUACAAGAUGAGAUAAUAGCGUUGAAGAAGUUCGUGAAGGUGUCUAUUGGAGGGAGACCGACGCAUUCAAAGAGCAACAGCAAACAUGAAUCUAUCAAUCAAAAUUUGUUUUUCCCUGGAAAAUGGUAUCCUAGGUAUCCUGAAUCCUCGCCUUCUGAAAGACAGCGUCGUCUUCACACGGCUAUGACAAUAGCGGAAAACAUCGAGACAACCCGCAUGAGCUUAUCUUCCCCGCAGAAAACACCUUCAAAACGGGAAAAGAAGGAAAGUCGUGUGACUUCGAUGACGACAGAGCCUCCCGGAAGUCAAGAAACAGACGUAAAAUCGAAACUUAAGAAAGAAAAACAGCCAAUACGUCCACUGAAGCAGCAAUACAAUGACGGUACUAAAGUUGAAGAAGCUCAAAUAAAACCAGAGGAAAAACCAUCGCUAGAGUUUCGAAAUUUUGUCAAUAACACAAAGGUGAUGUCAUUGUUCAAACAUUUCAUUCAGAAUACCGAAGGCAGACAUGCUAGCAACGCUCUUUCAAUGUAUCUUGAUAUUGAGUUGUUCAAGUUGACUGGCACUAACAAAACGCAAAGAUCAGAACGAGCUUCCCAAAUCUAUCGGGAUUACAUUGAUCAGUCUUCCAGGAAAUGGGUAGAUAUUCCUACCGGUGAUACAUUUUUGACAAAAGAUGAAUGUCCUUCAACUGCUGUACUACAGAAAGCUCAAGAUUGUCUCUUAUUUGAUAUUGAUGCAAGUUUCCAGGAGUUUUGCAAGUCCAGCAAACUUUUUAAAUCUUCAUCUCAUCAUGAUGGGAAUGGAACAACAGCAAAAGUUGAAGCUAACAGCUUUGCUCUUUACUACAAACGUCGCCGAAAUAAGUUCAAAGGUCGUUUGCAACCGACGAAAGAUGACAAAGAGAACUUUGUGAAUGAGCUUCGUGAAACGUUUGGAGUUUUAUCAUCUAGACUUGAGCUGUUCAGACGAUAUCUGGACGGCAAUGACGAUGUAAAGGGAGAACAUGUAUCAAAGCUGGAGAACGGAUUGUUCUUUUAUUUAGAAGUUCAGAAGUUCAAAGAUCUAUUUCUUUACAUGGAUGAUACAACUUUGUUGAAAAAAGUCGAUGCCAUCGUGGAUUGUUUUCUAGAUUCUGCCACUCCACCCUCUGUUCAGAUUGAUAUCAGCACUGAUCUGGCAGGCCGUACUGUACAAAAGGUACAAUCUCUGCACGGAAGAAGCAAGUUAUCACGUGAUCAGCGGGAUAGCUUGAUAUUUGACGAAGCCCAAAAUGCUGUGCUAAAGGAGCUACUUCCGUUUUGGGCUGGUUUCACACGACAAGAUGACGUUCAUUUCACGGAAAAACACGGUGAUCAAUUGCCUCCUUCCCGUCGUCAGGUGAUCAAUAAAAAACGUUUCUCGGCGUUUAUGAAAUUUCCUUUAAGGAAACGUCCUGUUAGUCUACGGAGUGUUCAUCCGGGCGUUGGUCAAUCAAAGAGAGAGUUGAAUUACUCACUGGCUAAUGGACUUGCUUGGAAGGAAAAUGUGUCAGAUGAAGCUGGCAGCGUUUACUCAUUGACUUUCAGAGGUAAUAUGACUUCUUGAAAUGAUCUUGUUUAUUUCAUUCCUUAUAUGUACUAUAUUAUGUAUAUGAAUAAGAAAUUCUAUCACAAGACAA